AUAGAUUUAAUGGAUAUUCAGUCGAAAUUUAGUCCAUAUGUGAGGAAUGAGAGCCAAACCAAACUCAAAGCGCAGGCAAUCGGUUCCCGAUUUAGUCCACAAAAAGGACUCAAUUUGUUGGGAAGAUUGUCGCCCACAGUAUCGCCCGCGCCGUCCAGUCCUGGAGAAGAAUGUCAGACCAUCACUGAGUGGACCGGACGUCAAGAACCCGGUGUCGACGAAGUGUCUCAAACCGAUCCAACGAUUGUUAACGAUUGUGAGACACAAACGGUUGCUGAGACACAAUCGGAGGUGAGGCGGAGGAAUGGGCUCAAGAAGUGCUGUUCUCUGAUGUAAAGUAG